CACAACACCAGAGACAACGUUUCUGACUAUGUAACGUCUAGUUCUUACCAGCUAUUCCCACAGCAGCCCCUCCUCUUACACCAGGACUACCACGACGUCUGCCUGUACGUACUGUGGAGAGCAGGUGGGCAACGAUGCCAAGAUCACCAUCGAGCACCUCAACAUCUCCUGCCACCCGGUCUGCUUCAAGUGUGGUGUUUGCAGUAAGCCAAUGGGAGACUUUCUGUACAACAUGUUCCUGCACAAAGGGACAGUCCACUGUGAGAGCUGCUACACCAACGUCUUGUAGAUUGCUUCUUCCCCUUGUCUCCUCGUCUCUUUUCCUUAAAUGGCCACAGAGGUGACAAGACUGGAUGGCUGAUA